AUGGCUGGAGUCGCAAACACAGCACGCCUGUCUGCUCGGUUCGCUAGCAGAUAUGCUCCCCGAUACGUCUCGCGGAGAGGUUUCCAAGCCUCUGCGCAGGACCGGGCUGCUCAGAACUACACAAUGCCUGCCCUCUCCCCUACCAUGACCGAAGGAAGCAUCGCGAGCUGGAAACUCAAAGAGGGCGAUUCAUUCUCCGCCGGAGAUGUCAUUUUGGAAAUCGAAACAGACAAGGCGACCAUGGAUGUCGAGGCUCAGGAUGAUGGAAUUCUCAUGAAAAUUGUCAAGGGAGACGGGUCAAAGGGUGUGCAGGUUGGAGAGCGGAUAGGCGUCACAGCAGAGCCCGGCGACGAUAUUAGCAGCUUGGAGAUGCCUGCAGAUGAGCAGAAAUCCACAAAGUCGGAGAAGCCCGCGCCGAAGAAAGAGGAAAGCAAGGCUGAGAGCGCUCCUGAGCCAGCUCAGCAGUCCGAUACGAAGCCACAGAAAUCUUCUACAACCUCUGGAACAUCGAAACAGAGCGGCAAGCCGAACAAGCAAAAGUAUCCCCUAUAUCCAUCAGUGGAGCAUCUCCUACACCACAACGGCCUUUCCGCAGCAGAUGCGAACAGUAUUCCGUCUACAGGACCAGGCGGUAGGCUGCUCAAGGGCGAUGUCCUGGCCUAUCUCGGAAAAAUUAAUAAAGAUGCACCUGCACAGGCGUCCGCUCGUCUUGAUAAGCUUUCACAUCUCGACCUGUCGAAUAUCCAACUCGCGAAGAAAGCAGAGGCCAAACCUGAAAAUAAGCAAGCCGAGAAGGCUGCUGAACCCGAGCUGCCUCAGGAGACCGAGAUUGCCAUGCCAAUCAGCCUUACAUCUGUGAUUGCGACUCAAAAGCGUGUACAGGAAACUCUGGGAAUCUUCCUCCCUCUCUCCACAUUUAUUGCUCGCGCUUCUGAGCUAGCGAAUGACCAGCUGCCUCUAAACAAGUCCCGCCAGCCCACCUCGGACGAGCUGUUCAAUGCCGUACUAGGACUUGACAAGGUCGCCCACAGCAGCAAGGGCAGCUUCUUCCCAAACAUUACCGGACUGUCAGUGGCGCCUAUGGCCGUCUCGCAUCGUCCUUCAAAGAAGCAGGACAUCAUCGAUAUACUAGCCAGCAAGCCAGCCAAGGCCCGAGCGCCGAAACCUGAUGCCGCCAAUGUCUCUGGCAUUUCCACCAGCGACAACAUCUUCUCCGUUGUUGCAAAGACCGGCGAGGAGGAGCGUGCUGCCGCGUAUCUGGAGCGGAUGAAGCUGGCUCUUGAGGAGCAGCCUGGACGGCUUGUAUUGUGA